GAAUUAGUGAAGCUCUUGUUUGCACUUUGAAAGUUUGUCACUUUCUGGGAAAUUCAGGUUUGUCCAUUAUUGGUGAGCCUUCAUGGACAUGGAACUUCAAAUUAAUUAUAUGCAGUUCAGUGAAUGAGGUUGAGAUGAGAGUGAAGUUGAGACACCUUAAUCAUGCUUAUGUAUAAUUGGAAAUGACUGCAACAAGGGCCAGUGAUGGAAGGCCUAGAGACACUCUCAUAUUGUAUAACAUGUUUAAGAUCUGUCAACAUUUGCCAUCGUUUUUGGACCUUGCAUCCUCCUAUGUGCUUCAGAAUCUUCUUAGCAGAAGGAGAGGAUGAAUUGCUUGGAUUGGCUGAGGACCCCCAGAGUGACGCAGUCUUCAAAAAUCAAGGUCUUAAUAUGGAUGUGCUAUACCGUACUGGUGAAACACAACAGGGAAUCCUUACAUAUACCCCUCGCUUGCUUUCCAUUGGUUUUCAAGGAUCCCUUGGAUCCAUGAGUUCACGUGGUACAUUGUACAAUGAGAUCCAAUCUGUACCAUCAGAUGUUGUCACUUGGAUUGCUGAUCUCUCUACUCAUGUAUCUGAACCUCGCAAGAAAAACUUGUUUUUGCAAAGUUUAUACAAAGAGGAGCAGGAGAAAUCACAUAUGAUGAAUGGUAACAAUAGCGGGAAGCAUGAUUUUCAUAGUGACAUUCAAGAUAAGGAUAUAGUUGAAUCUCUAGAAAAUGAGGUUCAAUAUUGGACAGACUUUUCAAAAGUUCACUAUCAUCCCCAGAGUCUAUACGAAUUAAAUGGAUUAUGGACUGAUGUUCAGCAAUUCAACAAUUAUGGUAUUGGCAGGGAUGCCUUCUCUGAGGGUCUGCGAGGAGAAGAAAUAAAUGAGAGGCUUCGUUUUUUCAUAGAAGAGUGCGACCAUAUCCAGGGAAUUCAAUUUAUUGUUGAUGACUCAGGAGGAUUUUCUGGUGUAGCUGCUGAGUUUUUGGAGAAUAUUGCAGAUGAAUACACAAACAUCCCAGUGUUGCUCUAUGAUGCACAUGGUCCAGGCUCUUAUAUGAACCCAAGUAGCCAAAAACAGUCUGCCUUCCAGAAUCUUCAUGAUGCUGUUUCAUUUUCAAGACUAUCAUCCUAUUGUAAACUGAUUGUGCCUGUUGGUUUACCCUCCCUUAAUGAACGUAAAGCCACCAAGUUUCUCAGCAUAGAGAACGAAAAGGCUUAUCAUACCAGUGCAGUUUAUGCCUCUGCUUUACACUCUAUUAGUCUUCCUUUUCGAAUGGAACCACUUGGGCCCACUGAUGAAUCAUGUUAUGCAUCUGGUGCUUUGGAUGUGAAUGGGGCCAUACAAAUGUUAUCAGGUCAAGCUAGGCAGAAUAUGGUCACUAUUUUGGAUGUAGCAAUGCCAGCACCUUCCCUGACUGGGAAACAGCUGGGGCAAUCUUUGCUCGGGAAUUUGCAACCAUUGACCCCAGAGACGGCAGAAGAUGUGGAAGACUUGCAAGCAGUGGAAUCCAUGACUAUUCACGGAGCCCAUGGAUCAGGAGGUCAUAGUGCUCCAGUUGCUGAGGUGAAGGAUGCAGUUCAAGCUGCUUAUGGGCAAGUGAUGAGAAAGCCAAGGUUCUCUCAUUUGUCUGUGGCCACUUGUCCUCUUCCAAUACCCUUGCCUUUUCCUACAAUCUUUGGGAGCCUUGUUGGACAACACGGUGAGCUGUUAGGCAGCCCAAUUUCGAGUUACCCAUCAAGAGGAUCACUUGAUGUCCAUUCCAUCCCCAUGGCAGCAAGACUACGUUCAAGCACUGCUGUCUUGCCAUUCUUGGAGAAUCGGUUGGCGAACCUUCGCAAGUUUGGCAUUCAGCGAGGGGCUCUUGGGAGUGAGGUAGUCAGAAGCUGGGGUUUUGGAAAAGAUGAAUUAGAAGACAUUGGAGAGACACUGUCUAAGAUGGUUACGACCCUUAAGCCUCAUUCUGAAGUAUCCUCCGAUUCAGAUUAAGUUUCUGCUUCUGCAUUGUGUGCAGGUGAAGCUUUGUAACUGACCCUAUAAAUUGAGAUUUCUGUAAAAGUUAAUCUGGCACAAGUUGGUUCCCGGUGUUCUCUCUUUUGUUCGAUGAACGCUCUGUGGUGAGAACAUGUUAAAUGGGGAAUUGUAUGGUAAUCUGUCCACAUCAAAGGUAAAACCAUCAAAGAAUUUGAAGAUCAGUUUUCCAUCAUGGGAGACUGAUGUACAAAGGUUUGCUUGUUAAAAUUAGUGUUGUGUCUUGUUUAUGAAUUUUGUUAUUUCGAAGUAGAUCCAAAUUCUGGUAGUUUUGAACAGCGUUGCCUUUUAAUCUGCAACCUCUCUGUUGUUUUCUUUUUUGUUUUAUUUUAACUAACACAUUGAGUUUGGGAUUGAAGAAAAAAUUGUAAACCUUCAUCUGUGAAGCACUAGCAGGGUUGCAUCCUUGUGUAUUGGUUUGUAUUGGAUUAACAAGUUGCUUUAAGAAUCAUUGACAACCUUCCAACA